AUGUUGCCCUAUCUAUUAACACUAUCCAAAAUUCGCUAUUUUAUCUCAAAAAAGGUCUUCUAUACCUUGGGCAGCAGAAUUGCUUCACAUCCUUUUCUUAUUCUAUUCAGUUAUUUAUUCUUCAUACUUCAUAUAUCAUAUCCCAUUGUAUUCGAUCCGUCACCUAGUCAGCAUACUGUAAAAAACUAUAUAGACGGACAUCUAUGGCAAGCAACACAUCACUUGAAUUAUUUGGCAGUAGAUAAUCCAACAUUGAACGCAGGAGACAAACCACCGCUUAUUAAUUACAUAGCAGAGCAAAUCAUCCUACCAUUCCCUGGGGACGGUACGACCCAUUUGCUUAACGUCGAACAGCAGCAACAGGCAUUCAAAAACUUAUUAACAGCAUCACUAUCCCUUUACAAAUCUAUCACGAUCUCUAAUCAAUUGAAGUCAGUUUGUGCAUUAACACCACAACGACAAUGUAUUGUACAUUCGCCAUUUUCCUUAUGGAACUACGAUGAACAAGAAUUACAAAAUGAUAAGAAUAUUUCAAAUACCAUCAAUAGUCAUAUGCUUAAAACGUCAAAGAUAACUAAUCUACCAUUACAUCCAGCGACAUUUAUGGGAAAUGUCACAUUGGAUGAAUCAUCACAACAAUUUACUUCAGCCAACUCGAUCAUUUUGACGUUCAUAUUGAAAAAUACUGAACAUACCCUAGACAUUUGGAAUCAAAUUUGGAAUCGAGCCUUUAAAGCAAUAAUGAUUCACCCAUCAGAAAACGCACAGAUCGUACCACUGGCAUCCAUAGCAACAGAUGCAACGAUAAAACCAUACUUAGUUCAAUAUAAGUUGAAAGUUCUUCCUGCUUUCUCGUUAAACCGAGCUAGUACGAUCAUUCUAUUGACCUUUGGAGUUACUCUCUUCAUUUUUGUUCGGAAGAAGUUCACAAAAUCCAAAUUGCUCAAAUCGCAUUCAGGACUGGGUGUAGCUGCGUUAUUUCUAUCUGGUUCGUGCUAUACACUGACUUUUGCACUACUACAACAUUCAACAUCAGCCAACUUUGAAGAUGCAUGCUUUUUAAUGUUGACUGUGUGCAUAUCGACUACGGUGGAGCAUAUGUUACUGAUCACACAAGCUGUAGUGGCUAGAGAAAAGAAAGAUAUUCGCAUCAACAAUAGGGUUGGAAAGGGAUUGCAGCAAGUAGGCGUUCAGAUGACAACAACAUUACUCGGUGAAUUACUGAUACUUGCUAUUGGAAGUACGAUGAAGCAGAAUAGCGCUUAUAUUAAAUCAUUCUGUUUGUUCACCAGCACUGCAUUGGUUUUGGGAUAUAUAUUAUGCUUGACAUUGUAUAUUGCCAUUUUAUCGAUCGAUAUCCGACGAGCAGAACUGGCAGAUUUAGCUAAUCAUGAACAUGAAAAUGAACCUGUUCAUUAUGAGAGUGAGGAGACGUUAUCUUAUUUUUACGCACAACAAUAUCAUGAACGACUAAAGAACAAAUCGAGAAGAGCUUUCAAUGCCUUAUUGCUUUGUGCUAUUUUACUGAUAUUACAUUUUCAUGCACCAUCGAGUGCAGUCGCUUCAGAAUCGAUUACUUUCAAGUCCUUGAGGUCUCUUGCUAUACGAAAGCAAUAUAACGCCAUUUCAAGAGAUUUUUGGUCAACUUUGAAUCCUAAUUACAGUCCAACAACCCUACAAGUUUGCCCGCCCCAUAUUGUUGCUACAACGUUCUCCAACGACAUGAGUGAGCAAGAAGCUCAGGAGUCUAUGAAAAAAAUCAGCACUUACUAUUCAGAUAGGUUUUCCAACGUUCUGUACAGUAUGCGAUAUCAACAUGAUUCACAGCAGCACGGUUUUGAUGAGCAACAGCCUUACUGCUAUACUUUCUUAGAUUCAUUACAUCCUCUAUUACUCAUUCGCUGUAUAGUUGACAAUACCGGCAAUAUACCAAUACUUAUCCUUUACAUCAAGCUCAUUGGCAUUCUUUUAUGGAUGAUUCCGCCAGUUCGUGAACGAUUACUAUCACCUCUUUUACAUGCCUUGCUUUUGCGUAUCUCCAAACUUUUAUCUUAUACAUUUCUUCCCAGAUUCCUCAUCAAACUUAACCGGAUGAAUAGCAUGGGGAACAAUAGUCAUCACUUUAUUGGUGUCGUUGGAAGCGGUACGGGUAGUAGUAGCAGCUCUUUGGAUAAAAACAGUACUCAAAGCAACAGUGGGAAUAGUCAUAACGGCAGUAGUAUUCAUUUGGGCGCGAUUUCAUUGCAAUCACAAUUCAACAAACGACAGAAUCUGGAUAAUAUUCAUCAAGUCAAGAUUAAAACGCUCCUUGGAAUGCAUGUGGCAGAUCUUAACAUGAUACACAGCACUGAUCGGUUUCUUGUGUCUGUGGGUCAGGACAACAAAUUGGUUUUAUGGGAUGUUGCCACCGGUCAGUGGCUCGCUAGGCUGAACAAGCUGAACGGUCAAAGAUGUCGCGAAGAAGACGAUGAGAGAGAACUUUGGUUUGCUGAUGCUCAGCAACCGCGGAAGGACUGCUUCAACAGCAAUGGUAAUUCGAUAAGAACAAAAGCGACUGCUACAGCAGCAACCCCGGAUGAUGGUCGAGUACAGCGCUGUCUCCCUCAUCCACGAUGUGCUCAACUCUCUUUGGAUAAUAAAUUUGUAGUUGCAGGGUUUGAGAACGGUGCCGUUUGUGUUUGGGACACGAUCACACUUCAACUGAAACAUGAGCUCAUGACAAAAAAACGGCAUCAGCGACAGCAACAACACAGUCGUGUAUUACAUGUCAAGUUUUUGGAUCAUCAAACAUUCAUAUCUGUCCAUAAAGAUAAUUCUUUGCAAGAAUGGAAUGCAAAAACAGGCCAGCUAAUCGACUGUAUAGAAGACACAGGGCAUAUUCAAAAUAUCAGUCAUGUAUAUACUUUACCCAAUUCAAAUAGCAAUGAUAGCUAUCAGGGGCAGGAACAGCUUGUUUGGACAGCAUCCAGUAAAGAAGGUUUGGUUAAAUGUUGGAAGAGGCGGGAUGUCUCGACGGAAAAAUCGACUGUUACACGAUGGCAAAAUCUAUACAGUAUCACGAUUCCUCAUUGUGUUACUUCUGUUGCGGCAGAUCAACUUCAGGAUGGAAGUGGAAUUCUUGUCCUUGGCUCUAUUGAUGGUGCUGUCAGGGUUUACGACUACAUCUCGGGUGCACUAGUGAAUACUUUGUCAAGAGGCGGUUAUAUCAAGAAGAAGGAAAGAGAUGCAGAAGUCGGCGGCCCUCUACUAAAAUUCAGCACAGUUGCAAUGAAUGAUUCCGAGCCCUCCAUGAACAAAUAUAGCCGCUAUGGUUACGAGGGCCACAUUUCUUCGUCCUUGUUGUUAUCGUUUGAUCAACAAGGUUCCUCUCAACAGAGUUUACAACAGCAGAGACAGCUACAACUUGGACAGAAUGAGCAUUGCAAUGGAACUGUUAUAUUCGAUCACCAGGAUGCUAUUAGUCAAGUUGUGGUGACGCCUAUUCGUGUACCCGGUUUUGAAAAUGAUACAUGUCCUCAAUGCAAAACGACGCUGUCCUUGGGUUUCUUUGUGGCAUCUUGCUCCUUAGAUGAAUCAGUGCAUGUCUGGAGACUGAUAAAUACAACGGCAACAGAAAAUGGAUGUGGCUUCUGUGCCAAGAAGAACUAUUAUCGACAUUCAGCUUUGAAACAGGCAGCAACAGCAGCAAAGAAUGACAAUAGUAACGUCUGUAGAAGGAAGAAGAGCUCGGUUGGCACUACAUUACGUCAAAGGCUGGCAAAAGAAGAUAUGGCGGCCUCCUCAUCUGUCGCCUGUCAACAAUCACAAUGCAAAGGGCAGUUGUUGCAACCAUUAUUUCUAGGAAAAUUGUCUCAGCUCGGUGGGCGAGGUCUUGUAUUUUGCGAUAAUAUGGUGUUAGCUGGUCUACGCCGUACUGUCAAGCAGCAGCACCAUUAUGCCAGCGAAGAGAGCUUUUGGGAAGUAUGGUUCACAUCACUACAGUACUAUGAGCCUCCUUCUCUAACAACAGAAGAUACUGCACUUAUACCUGUUAUUUCAUAUGACCUUGAGAAGGAUGAAAACUAUUACUAUCCGUUACAACAACAAAUGCAGCAAGAAGAAGAAGAACGCAUGAGAGAAGAUUUAUUAAAAAAGCGGAAUAAGAGCUGCUUAUGGGAGCAAUUCUUAUUGAAAUUUUUUGGAAUUAAAAAAGUGGCAUCGACAAAAAAGACAGCAGACAGCCGUUUUCAAAAGUCUGCGACAACAGCAACCUGUUUGCGAAAAAACCCUCCAAGCAGCGAUUGUAAUUUUAAUUCUAAUUAUACCUCAUUAUCAUCUUAUCAGCCUUCGAAUGCCAAUGCGUUCAAUAUCAACAAUAUACCAGAACAGGACGAUACAGAGAAUGAAGAUGAUGUUGACGCGUACGAAGUUUUGCCUUUCUCUUUAAUUCAACAUGCUACCAGCACAGAUGGUCGGGGUCUCAGUUGUGACUAUGGCAAUUUUAUCAAAAUAAUCUCGUUCGCAACUGAAGGCUAG